AGCUUUCUAUCGCUUCUUGGAUCCACCAUCCCACCUUUAUCGCGGCCAUUACCUCGCUCGUCCGCUUGGUUCGCAGCUCGCUGUACGAUCCGCGCGACUCGCUGGGGAUUCUCAAUCUCCCCACGCUGUUUAUCAAUUGCUGCAAGGAGCUCAUCGCUACCUACAAUCAGAAAAACGUGCAGCUUACCGAACUCUGCUUUGAGGGCAUUGCCGAUCUGCAACCGCAAACGGCGCAGCUCUUAGCACAAAAGUACCUAUCGUAUCAUUACUUGGCGCUGCUGCCUUUGAAGGUUCUGCUUCCCAUGGCAAAGAAGGACGAAGAACUAGCGAAGUACUGUUUAACUCUGUUUGCAGAGAGUUCAUCGGCGAAAGCUGUGAAAAUGGGAGUCCAACAUCGGCAAAUCGCCCACGAAGUGUUUGCAGACAAGCCUGAGCUAUUGUGGCGUUUUUUGAUUUUGGAAAAAGCUUCGUGUGAAGAGACGUUGGAGGUGAUCAAGCAAAUCCGGGAGAAGUCGCUUCGAACCGAAGCGUUGAGCCAUUUGUGGUUGUUGGCCGUAAACAGUAACGAGAGUGAUUCUGUUCUCAACGAAAUCGACCAGUGCAGACUCACGACGACUGAUACGAAAUAACAUACUAUUGUCCUUUAAAACUGUUUGUAGCAAAAAGGGUUCUAUUUCAAGCCUUUUCCUUCGUCGAGUAUAGUUCAAUUUCCACCACUUCGCUACUACUCCCUUGGUUGGUUACGAUGAAUUCAAAUGGAGCAGUUGAAAUAAGGGUAAGGGAAUAGGGACAAUCGAUUAUCGAACUCAUUGUCCCAAUUCUACACUCCACCAGUAUUCAAUCAAUAAAGACUUAGUUUAUUGUAUUGUGAUGUAAGUGUUUGAUGCAGUGGAGCCUAUUUUGUAUGGAUCUACCCAUACAAAUGGAAUAUGCUUAUAUUUCGAACUUUUUCUAAUUGGUGUGUAGAUGUCCACUAAUCUCGUCUGGGAAAUUAUCAAGAACAACAGCUCCUUCCUUCGCAAGCAGGUCCGUGGAAACAAGGUCACUUCCUUCUCUGCUGACCCCAUGAAUCUUGCUGCUACUUAUUCCCCUAAGUACAUCGGCGUGUGCCGCAAGGCCCCCGUCGCCCUCAAGACCAGAGGCAAUUCUAUUGUCCUGGUCACCAAGAAGAGCGAGCAUGAGAACAAGCCCUUCAAGCAGAACGCCACUACUGCUAUUGGAAGCGAGAAGACCCUUGAGAAGGCUUUCGAGAAUGCCGAGCUUACUUCGAUGAAGAAGGUGGCUGCUAAGCGUUACCACGCUCUGCUCCGCAACGCCAGACGUGCUCAGUCGAUUGCUGCUAAGGUCAACGUGACUGCCAAGAAGCACCGUGCUCACACCAGACGCGCUCGCCAGGCUGCCAAGGCCGAGAAGUCUGCUCAAUAAACAGGGAGGGACAACCACUACAAUAAGCCA